AUGUGCUACUGCUGCAGUAUUUUUUGUGCCAUGUUCUUAUCAUUGGUUACUGCCAGUAGUGUUCACUGGCAAUGGCGAGAUCUAAUAUGUACCACAAAAAACGGAGUAGGUGCAGACAAAAUUAGUAAGGAACCCGCAUCCUGUAGUUUAGUCUUGCGCGAAACAGGAGUCGACAAUGAUCCAAAUGAUAAAUGGAGACCUGCACCAGGAAACAAUUCUGCUUGCUUUGAUGAGGCAGUAAAUGGAACUGUACGCACUUACUGCAACCUAUUGUGUCCAAAUGCUGAUACUGCGUAUCUAAUUAAACGAACACCGCAAACGCAUCGGUCAUGUUUUGCAUUCGUAACUUAUCAUCAUGAGAAACGUGGUACCGAUUGGUAUAUAUGGCGAAAUAAGAACUGCCGUUUGUCCACAAUAACGUUCACGAUCCGGUGUGAAUUUCGUUUUGAUCGCAAAGAAUUCCCAAGUGAUGAAGAGAUAUUCAAGAAGUUGCUAAAGACAUAA